AAGGUUUCUUCCCACCCAAACCAUUCUGAGAUUCUAUGAUUGUAUUUAGACAUUUGGUGAAAAUCACUAUGGUUAAUGGAAGUGGGAGCCCCUUGAGCACUCCAGGAAAUGUGCUGUUUGUCCUUAACAUAGAUUUUAGUUGUGGCUCUUAAUGCUUGUCCCAGAACUGAACAAAUUAUGGUGCUGAUCACAGCACGCCGACCUCCUCCUACCCUGGAGGGGGCUGCUGCUGUGAGGGUCUGGGCUUACCUGCGCAUCAGCAGGUACCAGGAUGCUCUGUUUCCUGGCAGAAAAAGGGAGUUUGGCCAUAUAUUUCUUCAGAAUCCUGCAGGAUGGUUGUCUCUGCAGCAGUCACUGUGUGAUCUUUUCUGUCAAAGAAAUUCGUGGCACUGUAGGGAGGAUAACUUGUGAAACUGCUUCCUCUAACUAUCUUACAUAGAAUGGGUGAUACAAAAAAUAUCUGGUGUUUCUGUAGGAAUCAGAAUUAUGUGGGAGAGGAUGGUGCCAGAGUAGAUAACACUGACUGGUGAUGUUCUGGAAAGGGUGUGGGCUAUGGCUUCUCCACUCACUGAGCUCACAGCAGAUGCUGAUGUAAUUAAAGAUCUAGACACUGAGAUAGCUUUGAUUGGUUUGGAUCCCCACAACCCCAAGAAGAAGCAGGACCUAGACAAGCUUUAUGAUCUAAAAGCUAAAGCUCAACAGAUUAUGAACCAGUUUGGCCCUUCUACCUUGAUCAACCUCUCCAACUUCUCCUCAAUCAAGCCAGAACCGGCCAGCACCCCCCCUCAGAGCUCCAUGGCCAACAGCACCACUGUGGCAAAGAUGCCAGGAACACCCAGUGGAGGAGGGCGGCUCAGUCCUGAAAGCAACCAGGUUUUAACCAAGAAGAAAUUGCAGGACCUGGUACGUGAGGUGGAUCCGAACGAGCAGCUGGAUGAAGAUGUGGAAGAAAUGCUGCUACAGAUCGCUGAUGACUUCAUUGAGAGUGUGGUGACAGCUGCCUGCCAGCUUGCGCGGCACCGCAAGUCCAACACCCUGGAAGUGAAAGAUGUCCAGUUGCACCUCGAGCGCCAGUGGAAUAUGUGGAUCCCGGGCUUUGGUUCUGAAGAAAUCAGGCCCUACAAAAAAGCCUGCACUACAGAAGCUCACAAACAGAGAAUGGCACUGAUCCGCAAAACUACCAAGAAAUAGCCCCUGGGCAGAGCUGGAGACACCACCAGUGCAGUUUGGGAUACCUGCGUCUCCACUGAAGCCUCCACGAUGUCACCUGUGGGAUAUUUUUUUAAUGCUUUACAGAAAAGCAUCUAUUUUUUAUUAACGGUGCAGCAAUAUCUUGACUUGAUGAGGAGACCUGCCAAAAACGUUCUAUGCCCUGUUCCUCGUUUCUCCUCAGAGUGCAACAUAUCUCAAACAAAGACUUUUAUUUGUGACUUGAAAGUGGUUUAUUGUACAAGUGAUUAUCCAAGGGACAGAGCAUUUGAUCGUGUGUGGGACAGUAUUAGAAGCAUCUGUAGAGGUUUUUGUUUCCUCCUUCCUGCUCCUACCUGCUCCAGUACUUUGUAAUGUCAGUGUUUAUAUAAAUACUUGCGUUUGUUUUACAUGAAUAAAGAAAUUAUUCUAA